GUCACGUGUUUCACCCUACAACGCUUCCCCUUCAUAUCUGUCAAUCUCUCUCUCGUCCAGAAGGCCGUAGUAAGCAAUGGAGAUCUUCCUAAAUUGUGCCAUUCCAAUGGCUCCUCUUCUUCCCAAAAUCACUAUUCCGAAUUACAAAUGUAUUAAAGCUCGUGCUGUUCAUUGCUUUGGGAAGAAUGGGGAGCCCAAUGGUUUAUCUGGAGUACCUCUGCAGACGGGGUUAGAAAGUCAUGAAAAUAAGGAGAUGCACCAGGAUCUGCUGCAACCUCUGAAUAGUGAAUCAGAAAAGAAAGAUAAUGAUAUUUGGAAACUCUUCAGGGAAGCUCAGCAGAAUAUUCUUCACUUAAACAAACAACGUCUCAUGGCCAUAGAGGAGGUGCAAAGAUUGAAGAGCGAAAAAAAGUCAUUGCUUGACAAGAUAGAACAAUUUGAGGCGAACGUGCACACCGAUACUGGAAAAGGUGAAAAUGGCCCGAGUGUAGUUUCUGAUACUGCUGAUGCACUGGAACAUGAUUACUUGUAGUCUUAAUUAGAAUCUUGGUUUGCCAGGUGCCAAUACUCAAUUUAUGUCUUUGUUUAUGUAAUUUGUGCAUCUGUGCAUUCAUUAUACAUUUGGAUUGGCCAAUGGGUUAUCUAAAGAGCCGAGGCAUUGUGAUUGUGUAAGGUCUUUAACCAAAAUUCCAAAGCACCUUGGCACCAUCCAAUGAUUCUCUAAAGUGGUUAAUGAAGCACAGCAAGAAGGAGACUGAAGUUGAGGACAUAACAUGAAAUUUGAGCUGAAAUAGAAGAAUAACAGCAAAAAUGAUAUCACACACCUUUGAGGGUCUUAUUUGUUGUUGUCUAUUGUCAGGGGCUCUCAUCCUCUAUCAGAAAUUCG